AUGACGAAGCAAGAGAUGGUUCAGAUGUACCAAAGGAACAUAGAGGAGCUCACCGCGCAGAAUCCGCAUGCAGAGGACCCUCGCCUGCUCCAGGCUAACCAGGGGAGCGCGUGCGCCCUUCGCUACACCAUGUUCUGCCGGUGUGCACGGGAGCUGGGCGAGGAGAACCCGCGUUGCAAGUACCAGUAUUACCGCGCACAGAUCGCGUGUACAGCUGAACAGAUGGAUGACUGGAACGAACACAGAAGCCGCGGCACAUGCAUGUUCGACAUCAUGCCCGAGCGGUCUACAAAGCAUCUGCGGCAGUAA